GUUGGUACGGUUGGUACCACUUUACUACAAUGUUGUGCUAAUUUAUGGUGGGAGUGUUAGCAAACGUUGGAAUAAUUUGUAUAAUAUAAAUAACAUUUAGUAAAUAUAUAUACGGCGACGCUUUAAUAAUAUAACGAAAAAACUGUUAACGUCUUGGGGGUCUUUGGAGUAAAUAUUUUUUCUGGUAUUGCCUAUCAGAUUAAUUUUUCAGAGGUUAUGGGAUAUAAUUUGAUAGUUACAUGGCAGUCAACACCGUCAACACAUUUUGGGGCUGUAAGAUACCUAACUGUUAUAACUUCAAAAGUAGUCUGUGUGUUUUAGUAUCGAUGUUGUGUUCUCGUUACGUCUUGAAUCCACUCCACCAUAGGCGAGUGGAUGGACAGUGAGGUUAAGUUUGAACGUUUGAAACAACAGAAAAUAUUUUGGAAUAUUUCAGCAAGUGAGACCCGUCAAUAGGUUACUGGAAUGCUGAAGUCGAUGAUACGGAAUGCCAAAUAAUAAAUACGAAAACCGAAUUUGAAACAGGCAGAAUUGAAAUGUUAACCCCCAAAUUUGAGUUAACACAGACAGAAACGAAGGUGUGCAUAACAGUUUUUGCACCAUACACAAACAUCUCUGAAACAGAAAUUUAUAUUGAAAAGAAUGAUUUUAGGUUCUUCUCACCUCCAUAUUAUCUGAGGUUGAAUUUACCAGGUGAAAUUAUGGAAAUGGGUGCUUCAAAUGGAAUUUAUGAUGCUGAUGAUGGAAAAUUUAUUUUGACUGUGGAGAAAGUGAACAAAGGAGAACAUUUCCCAAAUUUGGACCUGAUCUCUACCCUCCUAGUGAAAAAAACAAAGAAUUUCCCAUCAAAACCAGAUAUUAGGAUCCUAGAUAGUCAAGGAGAAGAUGUGAGCUCUGAUGGUUCACACUGCAGUCAGGAUGAGUCAAGUGAAAUGGACUGCCUUAUUGAACAGACUCUUCCAGAGGAAGAAGUACCUUUUACAGUGAUGAUAAUGAAACCAAAAUAUGGAUUUGGUAACCAAUAUUCAGAUGUUUUCAAAGGAUAUGCAUAUGAGGUGUUGGAGAUUCUUGAUCUUCCUGAUCCAGAUAUUACAGCAGCUUCAUCCCGCACUCCGUUGAGGCUAGAAUGUGAAGUAAAAGAUUUCAGUGACGAGCAUUAUCUAGCUGACCGUGUGUACAGGAAUUAUAUUGAUGAACUGAUAGCAUUUGAAACAGUUUGGGAGCAGUACCAUGCGAGGGGCACAUCUGCCACAUUAUGUGUUGAAGACACUGAGAGACUGAAGGAUUUCCCAGUACGUGAGUACAUCCUGAUGCCACAUGACCAACAGACUCUGUAUUUUGGGCUGUUAGAUAUAAUUGCAGCUUACUGUUAUGAUCACAGAACAACUGAAGGAGACCCAACCUCAGAGUCUGCAUGGACAAUCAACAAAUUAAGUGCCACACUCAGUUGGUUUGAGGUGUAUGCCACACUGAAAGAUGCUGUUACGGCAUUUAUGCGGCGCAGCCUUUGUUACCCUCUGUUCCGAAACUAUGAUUUAUCAGUUAAGAUUUUAAGGGAUGUGCAGAUCCUCCUGCUUCUUGGUAAAAGACAGCUGUUGAAGUGCCUGCUUGAUAUCCACCGGUUGUUCAGUCAGAGCAGUCCAAGAUUUCUGUUGAACAGAUUAUACAUAGAAGAUUAUUGUGUCUGGAUCCAAGGAGCAGAUGACAAGUGCUUUGCGGCCAUGGCUGAAGAGAUUGACAUGGUUAGUUUUGCUGUUUCUGCUGAUGUAACUUUAAGAAAGGUGCAAGGAUAAAAUAAAAGUUCAAGUAUGUUGAACUAACAUGCCCACAUAAUUUGCUGGAAAUGUGUUGUCAGGUAGUGCUGCUAUGCUUUUUUUGCCAUCGACCCUUAACCAUCAUUGCAUUAUAUUGUGUGGUCUGCACUAUCCAAAAUAACAAUUUUAAGUUCUUACUUUUCUACUGGAGAGAGGGAAACCAUGGAGGAAUACAUACAAACUAAAAUUUCAGGCUAUAUUCUUUGCAGUUUAAUGUUUCUAUGAGUAGCACAUUUCAGGUGUACGAAUGAAUUGAAUUGGUUGUUUCGGAAAGAGGAUCAGUGAUGAAAAAGUAGGAAUGGCUAUUAUUUUUCCUGUUAGUUAAGUUGUUUUCACCGUUUUAUGCUGAUAGAAGACUUGUCUUGCACACCGGCAUGUCAGAAUAAUAUGCUUUAUAUAUUUGUGUAUUUCAGAAGGGAGAUUAGUCACAACCCGCCAUAUAUGUGGUAUGAAUUUUGAUACCUGUUUCAGAUAUUUCUCAGUAAAAUUAUUAUUCUUAUCAUAAUAUGUUUUAAUGAUGUCUUCCAGUGUUCAGAUAUAUUUUGCAGUAAUGCAGCAAAGUCUUCGGUGCUCAUUGAAGUUCACCGUUCAUGAUUUUCUAAUAUUUUUGGAAAGACCAGGCAGCACAUUUUUUUCACUUCCUUGGUGGUCUUUAAGUUUAGGGCUUCAUCUCUGAUCCCGUGCCUGGCUGGUCACAAAGUAAGGACCUUAUUUAUAUACAUUAGGUAAUAUUUUGUUCACCAUAUUUCAACAUAGAAUUUU